CAUUCAAAAUGACUCACUGCUAGUCAGGGAGUCAAGUUGACCAAGAGCCCAGUGACCUUCAAACAAUCAUCAAACUAGCUACACAGAAUAUUUUAAUUAUUUUGUGAGAAAAGCUUCAAGGGAGAACAUUUCAUACUUCUUAAGGAACUAGACGAUGACACGUUUAAUGUUUCGAGAUGCUUUCUGGGGGUCCGAUUUUACCUGCCACGCUGGCUACGAAGCUCUGGUGCAACGCCUGCGAGAUGGUAGACAAAUGUGCAAAGAUGUGGAAGAGCUGUUAAAGAUGAGGGCAUCAGCAGAGGAAAAGUAUGGGCGGGAACUGAUGACCAUAGCCCGCAAGGCUGGAGGGCACGCAGAGAUCAGCACUCUAAAAAACUCCUUCGAGCAACUAAGAACACAGAUGGAGAACAUGGGAAACUUUCACAUCCAAUUGUCGGAGGCAAUGAAAGAGGAGGUGAAAAAGGUGGAGGCGUUCAGAGAGCGGCAGAAAGAGCAGAGGAAGAAGUUCGAAAGCAUCAUGGAGAAAGUGCAGAAGAGAAAGGUGUCGUUGUUCAGGAAAACUAUGGAGUCAAAGAAAAACUACGAGGCAAGAUGCAAGGAGGCGGACGAGGCAGAACAGACAUCAGAGAAGUCUGCCAUUGUGGGCAAAAACGGUGAAAAGGUACGCCACAGGGCCAAGCAAUGCAGACAGGCAGCAUGUGAAGCAGAGAAGUUGUACUUGACCAACAUCGACCAGCUGGAAAGUAUUCGCCAGGACUGGGAGGAAACGCACAGAAGCACAUGCGAGGUGUUCCAGCAAAUGGAGGCCGAUCGAAUCAGCUUGCUCAGGUGCACCCUGUGGGACCACUGCAAUCACAUCUCCAUGCAGUGCGUCAAAGAUGAUGAGUUCUUUGAGGAGGUAAGGAAGCACCUGGAGCACUGUGACAUCACCACAGACAACAACUGUUUCAUAGAGAUGAAAAGGACAGGCUGGCAUCCACCAGAGCCCAUCGUUUUUGAAAGCUAUUACCAGAGGGAGACCAAGUCCAGGCAUGGAAAUGGCCGAGCACGCUUAACAGGGGGCGGAGAAGACCUCAUGAGAAGGACCUCAAAUCCUCUUCUGGAAUCUGGUACGAAGAUCAACGUUGACAGUCGGCCCUCAGUACUGCCCUCUAGUGAGGAAGAUGGGUCGUAUGCAUCCCUGCUGGACCUCCAGCAGCCAGCUGUGGACGAAGACGCCUAUGUUGCGCUUUACAACUACACUGCACAGGUGGAAGACGAGCUGACGGUCCAAAGAGGCGACGUUGUUCAGGUCCUAGAGCGCGGUGACGAUGGCUGGUGGACCGUGGAGAGAAACGGACAGGAGGGAAUCGUGCCUGGGAACUAUCUGGGAAAACUCUGAAUAUGCUCACAGUAAACGGGCAGAUGAAAUUAAAAUCUAGUGAGUCACAUGCCAAAAGGGGCGAGUCCACGUACACUGGAAAUGGAAUCAGAUUAACAUACUGUACUCACAUUUUAUUGGUUAACCAUGUCAUCACCUGUUUCAAUCCUUUCUAAAGGACGUAAAACUUCUCAUAGAGUGGGGCGGGCCCCUAAGGGGCAAUGGGGGCACGUGACCCCGAGAAAUUUUGCCCGUACAAGAAUAAAGUGUAGUUGUACAUCCAUUUCAGUAGGUGGCGUUGUUGCACUCAUUUAAUUUUGGUUUGGAUUUAAGGUAUUAUCUGGUACAGUUAAAAAAAACAACAACGUUAAAUGUAUUUGUUGGAAUCUAUAUUUCAUUUUUUCCUUUAAUAAAGAUACAAUGUCAUGGAGAGGUGUCCUUAAAAAAAAGCAACACGUGCACCAAGCUUAUCUAGAACUAAAACAAUUUUGAUUCACCAGUGGUUUGCAAAAUGCCACAUUGUCAGCAGUUGCCAUGGUGACAUAGUACCCCCCCCCAAAUUUUAAGAUUAGAUGCCUAUCGCGGUGAGUCAGUUAGCUUUUGUGAGCAUUUGGGAGAAAUCAAACAUCAGGUUUACAGUUUUUUAGUAUCGUAUGCACAUACUGUACUGUGUAUAUAGUGCACCCUCCACUGAAACAAACACCACACUUCAAUUCGAUGUCUCCUGUUUUAUUACUCAGCUAAGAAAAUAACUGGUGGUUGCAGCAGAUACCACGAGAACAACAGAAACUGGCAACUGUAAAGCUGAAGCCAAAAUAAACAG